ACCAUCUGCUUGACGUUAUGGCGGCGGCGGUAGCCGAACUAGCGACCAUUCGAGGUGAAAGAAUCAAAUCUGCCGUUUUUCUUAGCUAUUAAGUGAGUUAGUUUUGCCGGCACCGUUGAAGAUGGUGUUCUUAAGGUCCCAUCACGUACGGUAUUUUCAGCGCUGCCUUAAAGUACUCCCCUGUGCCUUCGCAACUUUGGACGAUGUCAGAAUGACGAUAGCCUACUUCGCAGUCUCUGGGCUCGAUCUACUCAACGCAUUCGAUGAAAUCGAAGAUCCCAACAGCAUCAUUGAAUGGAUUUACUCACUCCAAGUGCUGCCAGACAGCAAAGGUACCAACGUUUACAGAUGUGGCUUCCGGGGAUCGCAAGCAAACGGCUGUUGCAGUGGAGACGGUGAUUCUGCUGGCACAUCCCACGAGUUUGAUAGCGGCCACAUUGCCAUGACCUACACUGCCCUGCUGACCCUCGUGAUUCUCGGAGAUGACCUGAGUAGGGUGAACAAGGUCGCACUCCUGCGGGCUCUCAAGGCCCUUCAGAAAAAGACUGGCAGCUUCUCGGCCUCGGUAAACGGAAGCGAGGAUGACAUGCGAUUUGUGUACUGUGCAUCUGCCAUCUGCUACAUGCUUCACGAUUGGUCGGGGAUGGAUGCAGACGACACCCUGCGAUUCAUCCGCAACUGCUAUUGCUAUGACGGUGGGAUAGCUCCGUACCCCGGCCUUGAAUCCCACGGAGGCUCCACAUUCUGCGCGGUGGCGUCGCUGUCGCUGAUGGGAAAGCUCGAGUCGACGCUGUCGGAGCGCCAGCUGAACCGGCUGAGCCGCUGGUGCCUCUUCCGACAGCAGUCGGGGUUCCAGGGCAGACCCAACAAGCCCAUCGACACCUGUUACUCCUUCUGGGUGGGAGCAGCCCUCGAGCUGCUGGGAGCCUUCAAGUUUGUGGAGAGCGGGCGGAACCUCGAGUUUCUGGACUCGACACAGGACCAAUUCGUCGGGGGCUUCAGCAAGUGGCCAGACAGCGAUCCCGAUCCGAUGCACACCUACAUGGGGAUAGCCGGCAUGUCGCUGAUGGGCGUCGAGGACUUGCUGCCACUUCACCCCGCCCUCAACCUGAGCCAAAGAGCACAUGGGCACCUGCAGCAACUUCACAAAGCGUGGGAUUCACACGCGGCCGCGACGGGGAACGAAGGCGAGGAGCGGACACUACACCAGGAGAACGACGUCGAUCGCCGUAGCAAAUUAACGUCGCACUGUGCCUACAGCUAACGUCGACGACUUUCUCGGAAACCGCGAAAGUCCUGCUCAUGUACCGGGCGUCGGCCGCAGUUAGAGAGAAGCGCGUCUAUUGCGUGGCACAAGUGAACAUUGCAAUCACGAAAGCUCGAACUGGGGUUGAACUUGUCCGAUUCGGGGGCUGGGAGAGGUUUUCGGAAACUUUUGGCGAGGAAGUGCCGUUCGUUUUCCGGCGGCGGACGCUAUUCGUCUUUGCGUAUACUCGAGCUCAAGUGGUUGUCGUUUUUUGCAUUUAGAACAUUUCAGAGAAUUUAUUUUACCUUUUUAGUUAGGUGACAUUGGGUUCCGACACUUGGGCCUCUUACCCAUACUGCUGAUGCCACGUUUUGAAGGGGGGCAGGGGGGGAGUUCGAGUGUUUGGCGACAGCUUUGUGGUAUAAAAAAAUGCAGUUGGCUUUUCUUGGCUGACGUUGUAUAGUUUGUAAUAUCCUCGCCGACAUGAGGAACAAUGUGACGAUGCAUGCCAUGUGCCAUGUGCCAAAAGCUCCGUGAAAUAUGAUGUUCUCUGAGGGUAAGAUGCACGCUCGUAGUGCCGCUUUCUGCCACUGUUUUGCUUGUUAGCGGAAAAGUGAGUGUAAUGGCCGGCGUUUGCUGUACACGACACGGAUGCUAGGGGCAUUACAGCAAAUGUGUGUCUCGUCUGCAACCUGCUUCGUGUUUCACGGAGCAUUUGGAUGGUGGCACUGACAGUUUCGUGCGCCUCACGUCGCAUUGCGUAUUGUGUCGACCCAGUUUGUGCAGCGGAUGCGGACUGCUACUGGUAACUGGUGCGAACAUGUGAAACAGGGAGCGAGCGCGCUAGUGGCGGGUGCCAGAUUCUGCGCCAGUUAUAACACCAGCCCUGGGAAACUGUUCUUGGUAAACGUCUGUUUGCGACCCUGGUCAGCCCCGCGGGUCCUGGUGUAUCUUAGGGUGGCGAUAUUGGACAGUUUUGUAACAGAAUGUUUCUCUCGCUUCUUGGCCCUAGAGUGGCAACCCUCAGCCACUCGUUCUUCUCUCACUCUUUCCGGAUCGGCGGAAGGGAUGGAGGACUUCAUCCGCCAGCUGGGAGGGGGAAUAUUGGACGAUUGCAAUUCCAAAGGGUGAAGAAAACUAAAUGUGUGCAAACCAACUUUGAAAAUCUAAAACAGAGAAUAGUCGACCCUGCUAACUUGGCACGCAUGGCUUGGUCUAUUUAGCUUUGUGGAACAGCCAACAUCAAUAAAACAAAUAUGUUUUAUUGCUCGACUUGCCUAACAGUUGAAAGCUUGGGGGACCCCGAGAAGGCCUUCAGGGACCCUUAAGGGCUCGCGGACCCCAAUUUGAGAACCACUGCCCUAGAGCAUGCUAAAGAGCGUCUUCCAGCUCAAGCUCUCAGCUUUGACCAGCUAUUCGGCAUCACAUUACUUUGAAAUUUUCCUGGGGUUCCAUCCUCUCAGCGUUGGGCACUACAACUAGAGGCGCCCGACCAGAACAACAUUAAGGCGUCCUAUUUUGGAAUAGGGUAAUAGAAUGACUUCAAAGUACUAUGCAGUCCACUCAAAAGAAGUUACUACUUAGACACACAUCUAUGAGAAAACUAGCAAGCUUCUCUUACAAGGCCCACCAUAUCCGAUGCCUGUUUAUUUGUAAUAGGGUAGUAUUUGUAUUACGGACACAUUCUUGGCAACAGAGGAGUUUGCUGGUGCUACUUUGUUUUUCCGUACAUUUCUCGUGUUGCGUAUGGUCAUUUUUGUCGUGGGUUUAUGUAAGGCUUGGGCAACAUCCAGUAUUAUGCGGCGGUUACGAGCCUGGAGCAGACCAACUGACAGCGUUGUUGACAAAGAUUGUUGAAUUUUAUGCAAACAGUAUGUUUAUACGGUUGUUUUAAAGGUGGGUUUGCAGACUUUAAGGCUGGAAGCCACGAAGCAACACAUUUUUGACUAACGUGGGAAUUUGUUGCAAUGUCGUCGUCAUACUUGAAAAUUCUUUGGCUAAAACAUGUUUGCAGGUUUUUUGCGCGGUUAGCCCAUUGUCUGUCCUGUGUUUUUGAAGUUAAAUAUAUAAAAAUGCUGGACAGAUUUUAUCUAAUAAUUGAUAAAUGCGCCCCCCCCCCCCCCCCCCGCCCCACUCAAUCGCAAUUUCUGGCAAACUUGCGGAGUUUGGGAGUUGUUGCAUGUUGUCCCAUCUCCUUUGGUAUUUUCCCUGUAGUAUGCAACAGCUCAGUUGGCAUCCUACAUGAAUGCACAUAUAUUUUUUUAGCGAGGACAUAUUUUGUGCACUAAUUGAAAAUGUUGUCAUGAAGAUGUCAUGGUUUUCCAACCGGAUGAUGGCUUUGUAGAUUUUUGUGACUGUCUGUGGUCGAAUAUCAUUACCGAGUCUUCGGUGUGGUUCCGACAAACCUCAAGCGGGUAUAUGUUGCUACAUGUUUGUGAAGUCGCUUGCGACAGGAAAACAAAUGCAAAUGAAAAAGCCUGCUUUGCAAAUGAUGAAGGCUAGGAAAAUGAAUGAUGUAGUCACUGAUCCAUUUCAAAAUGACUUUUUACAAUUGAGCACACGUAUGUGGAAAGGGAGGUAUAGCAUUAUAUCAAGGUGUAGUGGAAGAUGUUAACGGUAAAAAACAGGCACCAAAUUGCAAAGGACGAGAUGAAGUACACACACAGAAGGGUGCUUUCAGCUUAGUGUGUGUACUUCAUCUUCUCGCCCUUCGCUUUUUGGCGCCGUUUUUCCGACCGUUAACAUGUGCCACUAGCUUGCCCAACUUUCCAGAGUAUUCUAGUGGAAAGUUUUUAUAAUAACUUAAGCAUCCAUGAAAAGCAAAUUUUGAUAUGUAUAAAAAGCUAUAAUAAAGGCUCUUGUGUUGCUUGGA